UUAGGUUAUUAUUUCUUUGUAUAUUAAUUUAUUUAAUAAUUUGAUACACAGGCAUCAACUUUAAUAUUUAUAUAAAAGGUUUUAAAGACUAUUUAAUCUGAACUGGUCCUGCAAAACUAAUCGUCCAGUUCCGUCUAAAAGUCUCCACCGAGAUGUUCGCUUUAAUCACUGAGCUCUACAUGUGGGUGAAAACACCACGCUACGUUCACAUUCACAACUUCCCAUUAACACAAACUUUUGUUCUGUCUCUUGAUGUUUAUUUUUUUUUUUAUCUGUUUAUUCAUUCAUCUGCAUCCUGCAUUCCCUCAACAACGCAGCCUAAAUGGGCUCGGCUGGCGUACGUGGAGGCAGAAGGGCAGCUGAAGAUGCCGUUUGAGGACAGACUGCCGACCCGUGAGGAACAGCUCGCCGCGCUGCAGAACACGCCCGAAUUCGACGUGUUGGUGGUGGGGGGCGGAGCUACGGGAUCAGGAUGCGCUUUAGACGCAGUCACACGCAAUCUGAAGACGGCCCUGGUGGAGAGGAGCGAUUUCUCAUCAGGCACCAGCAGCAGGAGCACCAAGCUGAUCCACGGAGGAGUGCGCUAUCUGCAGAAGGCCAUCAUGAAGCUAGAUUACGAACAGUACAUGAUGGUGAAAGAGGCACUACACGAGCGCGCUAACCUUCUGGAAAUCGCUCCUCACCUGUCCGCUCCACUACCCAUCAUGCUCCCUGUUUACAAGUGGUGGCAGCUGCCGUAUUACUGGGCCGGAAUAAAGAUGUACGACCUGGUGGCUGGAACUCAGUGCCUGAAGAGCAGCUACAUCCUGAGCAAGAGCAAAGCCCUGGAGCUUUUCCCCAUGCUGAAGAAGGACAAGCUGGUCGGAGCCAUCGUCUACUACGAUGGCCAGCACAAUGAUUCCCGCAUGAAUUUAGCUAUCGCUCUGACGGCGGCUCGCUACGGCGCCGCUAUCGCUAACUACACAGAGGUGACGGAGCUGCUGAAGGCAACGGACCCGGCCACGGGUAAAGAGAAAGUGUGUGGAGCGCGCUGCCGAGACGUGAUCACCGGCCGGGAGUUUAACGUUCGUGCCAAGUGCGUCAUCAAUGCCACGGGCCCCUUCACCGACUCGCUGCGUAAAAUGGACAAGGGGAACACGGCCAACAUCUGCCAGCCGAGCGCCGGAGUGCACAUCGUCAUCCCCGGAUACUACAGCCCUGACAACAUGGGGCUUCUGGAUCCCGCCACCAGCGAUGGGCGUGUCAUCUUCUUCCUGCCCUGGGAGAAAAUGACUAUCGCCGGGACAACAGACACGCCCACCGACGUGACGGCCCACCCCAUCCCCAUGGAGGAGGACAUCAACUUCAUCCUGAGCGAGGUCCGACAUUACCUCAGCUCUGACGUGGAAGUGCGGAGAGGAGAUGUCCUGGCAGCCUGGAGCGGCAUCCGUCCACUGGUCACUGACCCCAACUCUAAAGACACCCAGUCCAUCUGCCGCAACCAUGUCGUCAACAUCAGCGAGAGCGGCCUGGUCACCAUCGCCGGUGGCAAGUGGACCACCUAUCGCGCGAUGGCUGAGGAGACCCUGGACGCUGCGAUAACAGAGCACAAGCUUCACGCCGGACCGAGCAGAACCGUGGGUCUGAUGCUGGAUGGAGGGAAGGACUGGACCCCAACCCUCUACAUCAGACUGGUCCAGGACUACGGUCUGGAGAACGAGGUUGCUCAGCACCUCGCAGCUACGUACGGAGGGAGGGCGUUCGAAGUCGCCAAGAUGGCGCAGGUCACAGGAAAGAGGUGGCCCAUAGUGGGAAAACGGCUUGUGUCCGAAUUCCCUUACAUCGAGAGCGAGGUGAUGUACGGUAUUAAAGAGUACGCAUGCACAGCCAUUGACAUGAUUGCUCGGAGGACGCGGCUGGGUUUCCUGAACGUCCAGGCCGCUGAUGAAGCUCUUCCACGCAUCGUCGAGAUCAUGGCCAAGGAGCUGAAGUGGAGCGAGGAGAAGAAGAAAGAGGAACUGCAGGCAGCUAAACAGUUUCUGUACCAGGAGAUGGGCUACAGAGCUCGCUCCGAGCAGCUCACCAAGACGUCCGAGAUCUCACUCACGCCCGAGCAGGUGGCCAGAUAUAAGAAGCGUUUCUACAAAUUUGACAAAGAGAGCAAAGGCUUCAUUACAACUUUAGAUGUGCAGCAGGUUCUGGAGAAACUGAGCAUUCAGAUUGACGAGAACGCCCUGCACGAGAUCCUCAACGAGGUCGAUCUGAACAAAAACGGACAGGUGGAACUGGACGAGUUUCUGCAGCUCAUGAGUGCCGUUCAGAGGGGACAGAUCUCCGACAGCCGAUUGGCCAUCCUGAUGAAGACAGCGGAGGAAGGGUUGGACUCGAGAGGACCGGUGUCGGUGGACCGCAGCGGUGGAGGAGUGUGAGGCCCGAGAGCUUCAACCAGAACCACAGAUCUGAACAGGUGUCUGCUGAAAGUGAAAGAUUUAAAAAAAAAAAAAAAAAUUGUUCUUUUAUUAUCGUUAAAUUUUAGGUUGCCUUGGAUUUAUUUAAAGCAGUUUUUUUAACAGUAAAACAUUUGGAUAUGUCUGAAAGUGUUCUAAUAAUCAUUGAGAGAGACACCGGAGUGAAUUCAGACAAUAUUUACUUGAGAGUGUGCCGGAAGUACAUCAUCGUGACCUGACACCAUCUAACCAAUCAGAAAUAUUAAGUUUAGCUCUGUUUUUAAAUGUUUUGAACUAAAAUCAUGGCAGUAUAGAAGUUUAAAAUGCAAUAUUCUGUAUAAAAUACACUACUAACUGCUUCCUGUCAGGUUAGUUCUUCGUUAACGUAGGAGUAAUCGACGCCUGGGGAUGCUUAAUGUUCACGCCAUUGUAUAAAAUGCAUGAUUUUGUUUAGUUUAAAAUCGUUUAUAUAAGAACUCACGUAGUGCACUGUGAAUAUUUAGCACUACAACCAUAAUGACCUGGCUUACGUGAAUUCAAACUGAGGCUGUCGUUAUAAUUUCCCAUUUAAUUAUAACACUCUUGGACAUUUUUUUCCAAAGAGAUGUAAACCAUAGCAACAACAUUUUAAACACUUUUCCAAAGUAUUUAUUAGUUUGCAGUUGCUAGAAUUGUGAAAUUGUUUAAAAACAUCUCUACGCCUCUUGGAGCUGUUAUAACUGAAACGCUGGUUAUAACUGACUUUGACACCAAAGGCUCCAACCUCACGCUCUUACCCAGGAAUUUUCAAAAAUUACAUGAAUGAUAACACUAUUUAGGGCUCCAGGGAUACUAUCGUGAUUUUAAGUUGUCUUCUUUAUUAUUAUUAUUAUUAUUAUUAUUAUUAUUAUUAUUAUUAUUAUUAUUAUUUAUAUGGCACCCUGAAUCAAUCCCAAACGUCUUUUCACCAGUUUCUGGAUUUCUCUGAUUGUUACUCCAUGUAGCUACACUAACAGCGAAAGCUGGACACACAUUUAACUCCAAAACUCUCGAACUACUCCAAUUUCCUACGAUUCCAUAGGUCAUCGCUGGUUAUAAAUGUUUCAAGGUCCACAGUAUUGGAAUGGCCAUCAUCUUGUGACACUUGCUACAGAACUAGUCGUCAUCAAACUCGAAUUACAUGAUCAUGAGACUAGGCCUGAAACAAAAGCUAUGGAAGGGUAGUCAUAAUUGAUAACCAAUAACAGAAUAACAAAGUUAACAGCGAUGGCACCAAACAAGAAGCGAGUCUGUAUCUGUUCAUCAUGAAACCAAACAAACAGUCGGAAUUUCUAGGUCGACCUAGUACGUCACUUUAGUGCUUGGACCCCUUAAUCGCUGUACCAUAACUAUUCAGCAGUAACACAAUAGCAACGUUAAAAGCAAUUGUGCCAUACAAGAAGUAACCUGCUAUCUCUUGACACCAAACUUGGUAGGUGGGUUUCAGACCACACCCUAAAAGUCGAUGCUGUGUCAGUUUACCAGCAGGUUGUGUUAUAAUUAGCUAUAAUGCGCAUUAAAUUCUCAUGAAAACGUCUCCUUAUUAUAUUAAACGUCCAUUAUUUGAAUGUUUAAGGAACCAAAUAAAAAGUCAUAACUUCCGAUGUACUUCAAAGUACAUCACAUAGUGCUUGGACCCUCUAAACAUUUGAACCGGCCGCUCCGGCAUCCUCGAGUAAAUUUUGAGCUGAUAGAAAUUGCGAAAGUCGGUUGUAUCAGUGUGUACACCACUGUGUGUAAUACUGUAGUUUUAGAAUUUUUGCUUUUUAAUCUUGUGCAAUAAUAAUAAUAUCCCGCUGUGUUGUAUUUUGUUGCUGUAUCAUUGCUCUGUCACGGGUGCAUGCAGUGCCAUGAGUGUUCCUUGCUGCUUAGCAUGACCAGUGUGUGACGAGUGCCGGCCUAGUGUCCUAGCACCUGUGUUAUAGUUUUAUUAGCUGUGCCAUUUGUACCGUUCGUGUGGUGUGAUUGCACAAGGACACCCCUGAAUUAUGAAUGAUUGUGGCAUGAACGUGUGUGAGAUACUGUGGGCCGAGCUACUGUGAUGCACUUUUCCUGCACGUCUUUUCCUCUUCCUGUUCAAGUUUACACUCGCUGCACAAUUUUACACAUGCACUGAUACUGAUCCAAUACUCCUGCAAUUUCUCUAGUCUAUUUAAUGUCACUUUUUUUAAGGGAAUAGUCGAAAUACGGAGCCAAAUGAAAAGGACGGUCCAUCACUUAGUGCAUGGACCCCAUAAUUGCUUAAUAGCACAGUCCUGUGAUAUUCCCUUGUGAUUUUUUUUUAUUAUUUUUUUUUUUUGCAUUGCUCUAUUAGAUCUUUUUAUGAUAUUGAAUUAAUGUUUUUGGCCUGAAUACGCACAAUGUUUUUGGUCCAGUUUCUUUUAAUCAAAUAGGAAAUCCCUAUUGUAGUCGUAAAUCAACUUGUGUAAAUCAUAACACAUCUUGUUACUGGUUGUGUGAUUUAUUAUUGUUUCAAUCAAAUUAUUAUUAUUAUUAUUAUUAUUAUUAUUAUUAUUAUUAUAGAUGUUUAGAUGUAUAGAUGAUGGUUACAUACAGUGUACUACUGCUAGCUUUAGGCAUUUAUAAGAAAUACAUUUAAUGUGCCUUGUUUUCUAUCAAAAGAACACUGUAAAUGAUUACACAAUCAUAUAUUUUGCAAUUUUAAUUUCUUUGUGUAUAUUAUUACUAUUAUUAUUCAGACAGUAAAUUCUGAGAAAGGCUACUUUUUUGUGCCCGGAUCUCCGGUCACAGUGCGACAGCUGUUCCAGUAUCGAUGUAUGAUACAAUAGGAGUUAAAUGACUGAUUUGUCUAUCGUAUGUUGUGGCUGGAUGAAAUUUCACUCCGUUCCUGAAUGAAGGAGAUGCAUUUAAGAAAAAAAUAAUAAAAAAACUGUACAGUAAAUUACUCUGCAACACCCGAGAAAUGCAAUUAUGGAAUUAAACAUAAUUAAACACAAUUAAACAUAUCUGGUUGCAA